AUGGCCCUCUCCGGCAGGGCACCUCGCCUCGCUGCCGCCAUUAGCGCCCCCCACGCCGCCCUCUUGGCCACGGCGGCAACCGCUCGAACCGCCAAUGCGGUCGUCGCGGGAGCCAGCCGAGGCAUCGGCCUAGCGCUCGUGCAGGAGCUGCUCCGCCGCGGCGCCCCUCGCAUCUUCGCCUUGUGCCGAUCCCCACAAUCUGCAUCCGCCCUCCAACAGGUCUCCCUUGCCAGCGGCGGCAGGGUGGCAACUGUGGCGCUCCCCGACGCCUCACGCGAUGAGGACGUGGCCAAGGCGGCAUCUUCUGUGCGCGAAGCCCUGGGAGGUGAUCGCCUCGGGCUGCUGAUCAACACGGUGGGCCUCCUGCACGAUCGGGGCGGGUUGGGGGGCAGCAGGCGGAUGCCGGAGACCUCCCUGCGCCGCGUGGACGCGGAUUUUCUGGCGCGCAAUCUGGCCGUGAACGCCGCGGCGCCCCUGCUGCUGGGGAAGCACUUCUGGGAGGUACUGGCCGGUGGCGAUGGGCAUCCGCCGGGCGUUUUUGCGAGCCUGUCCGCUAGGGUGGGGUCAAUCGGGGACAAUGGCAUCGGGGGGUGGUACUCGUACCGGAUGUCCAAGGCGGCACAAAACCAGGCGGUGAGGACGAUGGGCAUCGAGCUGGGGCGCAGGGGGGUCGUCUGCGUGGCCCUGCACCCGGGAACGUGCGCCACAGACCUGUCCGCACCAUUUCAAAGGAACGUGCCAGAGGGCAAACUGUUCGCGCCAUCUGCAGCGGCAGGGAUGCUCCUGGACGUCAUCGAAUCACUGACGCCCCAACAGAACGGGGCCUUCUUGGCGUACGACGGCUCCACCGUGCCUUGGUGA